GGCUGCUAGACCUCUUUCCCCCGGCCGGCCGGCGAGCCAGAAAACCUUUGGCGGUGGCCUCCAUGAAGAAGAUCGUAGUUCUCUACCCCGGCCUCGCCGUCAGCCACUUCAUCCCCAUGAUGCAGCUCGCUGACGUCCUCCUGGAGGAAGGCUACGACGUCGUGGUCGCGCUCAUCGACAUCACCAUGGAACACAACAUCGCCUUGGCCGCCGCCGUCGACCGCGUCAUCGCAUCCUCCAAGCCGGCGGUCACCUUCCACACGCUCCCUCGAAUCCACGAUCCUCCCACCGUCACCAACGACGUGAACCUCCUCCUCGGAUACUUGGAGAUCAUACGGCGCUACAACGAGCACCUCCGCGAGUUCCUCUGCUCCAUCCCGCCGCCAAGCAUCCACGCGGUGAUCGUGGACUCGUGGUCCGACGCGGCGCUCGACGUCACCGGCCAUCUCGGCAUCCCAGCCUACAGCUUCUUCGCCUCCAACGCCUCCGCCCUCGCUGUAUGCCUCCAACUCCCUUAUUGGGCCCGACGUCGUGCGGAGGGCCAGCCGAGCUUCAAGGAGCUAGCAGGAGACGCCACUGUCAACUUCCAUGGCGUCCCACCGAUACCGGCUUCUCACCUCAUUCGCGAGGUGCUCGAGGACCCCAACACUGAGAUAUACAGGGCGGUGAUGAACUCGCUGGGCAAGAAUCUGGAGGCCGCUGGCAUACUGGUGAACACGUUCGCAUCGCUAGAGCCUCGGGCAGUGGCAGCCCUCAAGGACCCGCACUUUCUCACCACUGAAAGUGGGCUUACAGUGCCUCCGGUGUACUGCGUCGGGCCACUUGUCGAGGAGGCUGCUGCUGAGACGAAACAAAAGCACGAGUGUCUCACAUGGCUCGAUGAGCAACCAGAGCGCAGUGUCGUGUUCCUGUGCUUUGGAAGCCUAGGCAACCACUCGGAGACGCAGCUGAAGGAGAUCGCCGCCGGCCUCGAGAGAUCUGGCCACCGUUUCCUCUGGGUCGUGCGAGCUCCUCUCGGCGACAACCCGGAGAAGACAUUCGGCGACCAGGCCAACCCGGAUCUCCACACGCUCCUGCCGGAAGGAUUCUUGGAGAGGACCAGAGGGCGUGGCCUCGUCGUCAAGCUAUGGGCGCCGCAGGUGGAGGUCCUCCGUCACAAGGCGACAGGCGCCUUCGUGACGCACUGCGGGUGGAACUCUGUACUGGAGGCGAUCAUGGCCGGCGGCGUGCCGAUGCUCUGCUGGCCAUUGUACGCGGAGCAAAAGAUGAAUAAGGUGCUCAUGGUGGAGGAGAUCGGGAUCGGUGUGGAACUUGCCGGGUGGCAGCAUGGGCUGGUCAAGGCCGACGAGCUGGAGGCCAAGGUGAGGCUAGUGAUGAUGGAGUCUGAGGAAGGGGAGCAGCUUAGAGCUCGUGUGACAGCGCACAAAGAGGCCGCAGGCAUGGCCUGGAAGGAUGGUGGAUCGUCGCGCAUGGCGUUUGGCCAGUUCUUGUCAGACGCGGCCAAGGUUGGACAGGAUCGUCUGACACUUGGUUGAUGGUUGAUGCUUUGGAUUGUGAGUCAAAAUAUGUGCUCCCUAGAAAUAUUGUGUUGUUCUAAAAGAUAUUGUGUUGUGUCAAAUGAUCAAUCUCACAAUACCUGAAAUGCUAUUGGAACCACAUUCCCAA